AUGAUGACGCAUGCGACCCCUAUACCACCAGAUUUGGAGCCCUACAAGGAUUUUGUCAAGAGCCCAUUGGAAACACCGCUUGUCCAAGUACAAUCGGCAGAUGAAGAUAAUGUACCACAGGUUGAUCCACCUCACGUCCUACAAGAGCUGGAGUCUGUAGAGCGCCUCUUCAUCACCAAGCGGCUCAAAGUGAAGAACGUUCUGUUCCUUAAGGGCAAGAGGAACAAAUUCAUAGUCAGGACGCCAGACGAGAACCUCGUCUAUACUAUUCAAGAGCAAAAUAGCUGGUGGGUGGGCUACUUCUGCUACGGGCUGCGACCGCUGCAGCUGUCGGUGCGGGACGGCGCUGGCGUGGAGGUGAUGAGGAUCGACCGCCCGUACGCCUGCACGUCGCGCGUCUUCCCCUGCCAGCUGCAGAGGGUCCAGGUAUUUUCUCCACCAGGCACUCGUAUAGGCUGCAUACAACAGAAGUGGACCCCCAUCAGACCUGAAUACCUGGUGGUGAAAGAGAAUGGUGAACAAGUGUUUUUCAUACAAGGCCCGCUGGUGACGAUCAGCUGUUUCCGAGACAUCCAGUUCCACAUCUAUCGACCGGACGGCACGGCGGUCGGCAGCACCUGCAAACGCUGGCAGGGCGUCGUCCACGCCAUGUUCUUGGCGCCAGUCUGCGACAAGUUUGGUGUGGCCUUCGAACGCGACCUGACAGUAGAAGAGAAGGCCCUGCUUCUGGCCGCGACUCUGCUUCUGGACUACAUGUACUAUGACGUGUGACUCGUGUAAUUAUAUUGUAUCUAUUGCAUUUGUUUGUUUAUUUACC